UGUAUCCGCUCAGUGUCAGCGAGGUUUUUUAGAGAAUGGAGGUGAAGACGCAGGUGGUGAACGCGUUAGCUGAGAACAAGAGAAGCGCUCUUCUUGUCCUCGGAGCAGGAGUUGGUGCAGCUGCGCUUCUGGGUUUCGGACUCGCAUUUAAAUACCCGCGUAAACCGGAGAAGCUGCUCCGUGUGGGGUCCGGGAAAGCUCUGAGUGUCGCGCUGGCGGAAUGUCACAAGUUUGGACUCAAGCAUGGACAGCUGCAAGACAGACACUGGCUGGUGGUGACGGAGGACAGACGCAUGGUGACCGGCGUCCAUCAGCCUAGUCUCGUCCUUGUGUCUCUGACCUGUGACGGAGGUCAACUCUGUCUGAACGGACCAAACAUGGACGAGCUCAACUUUCCCCUCGAUCAAUCCCACAACCCUGUUAUUCACUGCAGAGUUUAUCGCGGUGAAAGCCAGGGUCGGGACUGCGGAGACGAGGUAUCUCGCUGGCUCACUCGUUAUUUUGGAGUAAACCAAACCUUUCGCUUGGUUCACUUUGAACUUCAGAUGAAGGGGAGACAGUCUCCAGAGCCUCUGUUCUCACCUUAUGAGGUAGUGACCAUAGGUUGGGCGUACACGGACGUCGGACCUGUGAUGCUGUUGUCGGAGGCCUCUGUUCACAAUCUGAGCAGCAAGUCGGAGAAGGACUUGGAUGCGAAACAGUUCCGUCCAAACAUUGUGAUCAGUGACUGCAAGGCAUUUGCUGAGGAUUCAUGGGACGAGAUCCAGAUUGGCAACGUGCGUCUGCAGCGAGUCAUGUCAUGUGGAAGGUGUCUUUUCACGACAGUCGACCCUGACACUGGUACAUUCCACCGAAAAGAGCCUUACCAAACACUGAAGAGCUAUCGUCUGUGUGACCCGUCGGAGAAGCACAUCUACAAAUCCUCGCCGCUGUUUGGACAACUGCACACAGUGAAGAAGACGGGGAUGGUGCAGGUGGGCGACGUGGUUUACACCGUCAGCUGUAAAUGUCACAGUCAGACAAAGUAUGUUGUCAGAAUGCUUGUGAAAUCCAUUUUCAUCUCUAUGCCCCUCACAAAGGUCACUGAGGUCAGGGUCCGAUCUCGCGCGCUCACUCUUGGUGUGAGGCAGCAUUGCUGUGACACAAAUUGUGUUGUAUUUAUGAUUGUUAAAAUAGUAUUUUACAAUGCAGUUGAUGAAAUGCACCAUCUCCUCCUGGGUUAGGGUUUAUUAUACCGGUCCGACCAUAUCCGCUAAUCUGUCAUCCAGGGUAAUCUGUCAUCCAGUUAUGCAGAGAUGUUCAAAAUGGAGACCAAGCAACAAAUGAUAGAAUUGAGCAGAUGCUCAGAUGAAAGCAGCAGUCGUACACUUUUGUUCCACCCUUUUCAUUUUUGGUCAUUUUUAAUCCCUUAGGGCAACUUAAUCGUAACCGUAUGUUAACACACACACAACUGCGCCGUUCACUCGAUACGAGCAUACGCUCGGUGGCGUACACGGUUGUACACUGUGAAUAGUUUUUGAAAUUCCUGCUGAUGAAAGCAACCGUUUGUACAUUCAGGUGACUUUUUACAAAUGACAGUUAUUUAAUAUUUAGUUUCUGCUGUCUCUCAUGUCAGCUGCUGCAACACUGUCUCAUAUAUUUCAUGUUUUUAAAAACAGUUUCACUUUGAACAACAGAAUACUUUUAAAGCUGAUGUCAGUAACGCACACAUAAACGUCUGUUUACAGAAAGUGUUAACACUGUUUUAUUCAUGCUAUCUCUCAGCUGCAUCUCCCUCAGGUCUGAAUUCAACAUAUUUCUGAUCCCA